GGCCCUGGUGCAGUCAUGGCCAAGUCCAAGAACCACACCACGCACAACCAGUCUCGAAAAUGGCACAGAAAUGGGAUUAAGAAACCCCGAUCACAGAGAUACGAGUCUCUUAAAGGGGUGGACCCCAAAUUCCUAAGGAACAUGCGCUUUGCCAAGAAGCACAACAAGAAGGGCCUGAAGAAGAUGCAGGCCAACAAUGCAAAGGCCUUGAGUGCCCGAGCUGAGGCCAUCAAGGCCCUUGUGAAGCCCAAGCAGGCCAGGCCCGUCGUCGCCAAGAAGGACAGCCGCAAGCUCAGCCGGCUUGCGUACAUCGCUCACCCCAGGCUUGGGAAGAAGGCUCGAGCCCGCAUUGCCAAAGGUCUCAGGCUCUGCCGGCCCAAGACCAAGGUUGAAGCCAAGGAUCCAACCAAGGUGAAAUCCAAAUCUCAGUUCAAGGCAAAAGCCAAGAAGGCUCAGCUUAAGGCAAAAGCCAAGGCCCAGCCCAAGACCCAGGCAGCUGCAGCUCCAGCACCAGCUCCCAAAGGUGCCCAGGCCCCACCCAAGGCUCCAUAGGAGGCUUCCAUCAGCCAGUGCGCACAUCGAAGGACUGGUGCAACCUCUGAGCUGUUGGUUGCACGGGUGUUUCUGUGCUGUUUAUACAAAUAAACCUGAGUGCAGGAUAAAAAAAAAA